CUCUCUUGGGCUCCUCCAAAUAUUCUUGCACCAGAGGAUUGCCCAAGUCUCCUUCUUCCUCUCUCUCUCUCUCUCUCUCUCUCUCUCUCCCUCCCUCCCUCCUUCUCUCUCUUCUCUUUCUCUAUAUUUAUUUACUUUUCUUGCCCAUCUCAGCUACAAAUUCCAUUUCUUUUGAUUUAAUUAGAAGGCAGUGGAAUAACCAAGGAGGAGAAAAGAGGAGAGGGACAUCUGGGUAGAGAGAGAUGAGCACCUCUUCUGUUUUUGUUGUGUAUAUACAUAUGUCCCUUCUUGGAUCUUAGUUUCCUCCAUUUCCCCAACUGGGUUUCCCUUCAAUAGGAAUGCUCGAGUGGGAUUUGAUUGUUGCAUGAAGGAUCCGAUGUCCCUGGAUUGAAUUCCUUAAUACUUACUUCGUAUUUGAUUACAGUCUUCACUUACUUCUGCCCGAUUUUUCGACAAGAAGAUGGAAUCAGAUCUUGGUAAGCUAUUCAUAGGUGGGAUUUCCUGGGACACUGAUGAAAAUCGACUUAAAGAAUAUUUCAGCGCAUUUGGGGAAGUGUUAGAGGCAGUGAUUAUGAGAGAUCGAGUCACCGGUCGAGCUCGUGGCUUUGGCUUCAUUGUGUUUGCUGAACCUGCUGUUGCUGAAAGAGUAGUCAUGGAAAAGCACAUGAUCGAUGGUCGAACAGUUGAAGCAAAAAAGGCCGUUCCGAGAGAUGAUCAGCACAUUUUGAACAGAAACAGUAACAGCAUUCAGGGAUAUCCGGGCCCUGGGCGGACAAAAAAGAUAUUUGUAGGAGGUUUACCAUCUACGGUCACUGAGAGUGAUUUUAAGAAGUACUUUGAUCAAUUUGGUACAAUUACUGAUGUAGUGGUGAUGUAUGAUCAUAAUACCCAAAGGCCGAGAGGCUUUGGAUUCAUCACUUAUGAUUCAGAAGAAGCUGUUGACAGGGUAUUGCAUAAAACCUUUCACGAACUGAAUGGUAAAAUGGUCGAGGUCAAGCGGGCGGUUCCAAAAGAGCUAUCCCCGGGGCCUAGCCGGAGCCCUCUUAUUGGAUAUAACUAUGUCAGUAGAGCAAACAACUUUCUUAAUAGCUAUGGUCCAGGGUAUAACCUGAGCUCAGUUGGAGGCUAUGGAGUCAAGAUGGAUGGUAGGUUUAAUCCAAUUGGUAGUAGUCGUAGUUCAUUCUCUCCAUUUAGUUCUCUUGGUUAUUUGGACCCAGUUUUGAGCCCAAGCUUUGGUGGAAGUUCCAACUUUAGUAAUAAUAUUGGUUAUGGACGGGUUCUGAAUCCUUAUAUUAGCGGCAGUUCUAACAGGUACAAUACUCCUACCGGAUAUAAUGGGGCUAAUAUUCGAAAUGAUUCUCUUUUGAGCUCUUCAACUCGGAAUGCUUGGCGAAAUGCUGGCCUUAACAUUGCUGCAAACUCUGGUAACCCAAAUACAUACUUGGGCUCAGGAGGGGGGAGUUUGGGAGUCUUUGGUAAUACCGGAGCAAACUGGGGUUCUUCUCCUAUUUCUGCUCAAGGUCAUGGAACUGCUUCUGGCUAUACCAGUGGCAUGAUGGGGUAUUCAGGUGAAGAAAAUAACUAUGGAUUCGGUGGUGGUGCAUUUGGAAGAAACAGUGGUUCAACCAUAGCUGCAACAUCAUCAUUUGCCACAUCCAGUGGUGCUUAUGAGGGUUCCUAUGGAGAUUUGUAUCGUGGUGGUUCAAUGUAUGGUGAUUCAACUUGGCGGUCUGCAUCUUCUGAGAUUGAUGGCUCUGGUUCAUUUGGUUAUGGGCUGAAUCAUGCAGCAGAUGUCUCAGCUAAAGAUUCAGAAGGUUAUAAUGGAAGUUAUAGUAUUGCAAAUAGACAGGCAAAUAGAGGUAUUGCUUCAUAGAAGACUUACUGUUCACAUAUCAGAAGAUAACUGUAGGCGAAGAUUCCAGGGUGAAGAGAUCAUGCAUCACCUCGUAAAUUAACAUAUCAGAUUACAAGGAAAUCUGUCAUAUAAAGCUAAAGGGAGUUCUUUGAAGUAUGCUUGUUCAGAGGGAGUAAGUACAAGGCAUCUUGUGAAAGUUUGAGAUUUGGUUUUUACAUCAUAGGUUCUUUUCUUGGCAUUUGAUUGAGAUGAAUGAGUUGUGCAUUGCUCAGGCAAGUUGGUAUAGCUGGUACCAUAAAAACAAAAAAGAAAAAUAGAGAAUUAAUUCUUUUGAUAUUCUUUUUUAUUUUAUCCGUUUGUGCAGUGUGGCGAAGUUGCCGCUCUUGUCGGAAUGUUUCUUCCUCUGGGAUAUGUUUUGUCUCAGAUUGUACGCGAGGUUCUGCUUGAUUUACUAGUGUGAAACAUUAGAGGGAUAUCCACUUAGGAUCCCCGUUAAAUAAAUUGCUCAUUAUUCUGAUACAAU